GUUUAGAACCCUAGUUGGCUCCCGCAUUCUCCCUCCAUCCUUCUGAAUUGCACUCUUACGCACUCACGCGCUCAUGGCUGCGCCGAGGCCCAUGAAUAUGCAGCAUCCGAGCUUUACAUUCAAAAUGCCCCAUUCAGCUCAGCCUUCUUCUUCACUUUCUUCAGCCCAGCGCGGGGCCCCGUUUCCUGCUCCGUCUUCUUCUGCACCUGGACCUUCUACAUCAGCUCAGCUCACUUCGCCUGGCCCUUCUAUUCCAGAACAUUUGAUGCACAAAAAUCGGUUACAAGAAUAUGCUCAAAGGGCAAACAUGCCACUACCCGUUUAUCAAACUGUCAAUGAAGGAGUUGCGCACGCCCCAAAGUUUAGGUCUACGGUGUGCGUUGAUGGAAAGUGCUAUACUUCUAAAGAUGUUUUUUCUGUCCGAAAAGCAGCUGAACAGGAUGCUGCCAAACUUGCAUAUGAGCAGAUAGUGUCAAAGAUUAAAGAUGAAGGGCUUCCUGAUAUUUUUGAGAAAACUAUGGUUUUCAAGUCCAUCUUGAAUGAAUUUGCUGCCAAGAUGAAUCUGGAUAAAGUUACAUAUCACACUGUUCAGCAGAAAGGAAAUCCUUUUUUUGUAUCAUCUUUGGUUUUCAAUGGUAAAUCCUACACUGGUGAUCCAGCUAGAACCAAAAAGGAGGCUGAGCAAUUGGCUGCACGAACUGCUAUUCUUUCAAAUCUAACUGAUUCUAGGUCCGGAAUACGUCUUUCGGAGGUAAUAAAGUCAAAAUUGAAGUUUUAUGCUGCAAUCAACAAUGUGAAGGGCUCACAACGUGCAAGUACUGUUUCACACAUAGCGAACUCAGGAUGUGUGUCUGUUAAUGCAGCUUCUGUGACAGUUAAUAAUAAUGAAAAUAGUAACAGAUUUGAAGUUACACUUCCUGAGUGCUCUUCUAGAGGGCUUCAACAAGAAUACUGGAUGUCAAAACUAGAAAAGUGCCCUGAAGACUCGAAACUUUCAAAUCUAUCUCAGCAAGCAGGUGAACCACAGCAUAUUGAUGAUAGUUCAAGUUUGAAGAAACGCAAAAAGAACAAGAAAAAGGCUAAUAAGAAGUCCCGUAUGGAUUCUGUGCUGCCAGCUGCUGCACUUCCGCUUAAUCAAGCCCCUCCUUUUGUUGCAUUGCCAUUUCCUGUCGGCCAUAAUCAAGCCCCUCCUUUUGUUGCAUUGCCAUUUCCUGUCAGCCAGCCUAGGUGUUCAGUGGCGCAAUAAAUUGGUGCAAUGAAGGAAUUUGUAUGGUAGUGGCGUAUUUUAGAGGUCUGUUAAAAAUAAAAGGGACGAUUUAUUACUUAUUAGGGAACUCAGUAGAUGUUAUCUGUAUAAAUCACCUUAAAUGCUUCCUGACUGUUGCUGCUGAAUUUCAGAGAUGUGGCCAUCCGUAAUCUUUUUGUUCGAUGUCCAUAUGCUGUUCCUAUGUGGUUUUCCCUUCUUUCCCUGUCCAUAAUGCAAUCAACUUGGGCCUUUUUCAAGGAAAACAAUAUGUCGUGGCAUGAUAGUUUAGAAAGUAUUGAUUGUCGUUUGUCAUG